GGGGAGUGCGCCGUGUCUCUCUCCCUGCCCCAGACCCUCCUCCUCCUCCUCUGGUAGCCCGUCCAUCUCAGAGCAUCGGCGCAGCGGCGGCGGCGGCGGCGGCAUCAUCAGUCUGCGGCAGUGGACCGGGGCAGGAGGAGCGUGAGCAUGAGCGAGCAGGGCAAGAGUGCCGCGUCCACGCCAGCGAGCGGGACACCGGCCCCGGGCUCGGACACCUACAAAGGCUGGCUCUUUAAAUGGACUAACUACAUCAAAGGUUACCAGCGCAGAUGGUUCGUGCUCAGCAACGGACUGCUGUCCUAUUACAGGACGCAGGCAGAGAUGGCCCAUACGUGCCGCGGCACCAUCAACCUGGCCACAGCUCACAUCGACACCGAAGACGCCUGCAAUAUUGUUCUGAGCAGUGGGGGGCGCACUUACCAUCUGAAAGCCAGCACAGAGGUGGAGAGGCAGAGAUGGGUCACAGCGCUGGAGCUGGCCAAGGCCAAAGCCAUCCGAAUGAUGAACGAUCAGUCCGGGUUGGUGUGUAGUUCAGAGUGUUUGCAGAAAAUCACAGGGCUCAGCAAUAAGAAUUUUCUUCUUCCGGUCCAGUCAGGAGAGCAAAUUUACACUGGCCAUGUCAUUUGAUUUUCC